CUCCUCCCGCCCCCCGGACAGUAUUGUGUGCAGGACAGCUUCAGUUGACAUUGCUGCUCCCGAGAGGAGGUUGUUAUUAAACCUGAAGCUUCUUCUCCAGGAGCUGCAGCCGCUUCUCAUCUCUGAUUCCCCGCAGAGACAGGAGCCAUGUACCGGCGGCCGCUGCAGUCCGCCCUCAGAACCCUCUUUGUUAACGGGAACAGAGGUUACGGACAGGAAGUCUGUUCUGUCCGAGCUUUAGUCUCCUGUCGAACCAGAGUCUCCUCUCCCUGUUUAACAACAUGUCGAACCCUGCACAGCACCCCCCAGCUGUGCAACGUGAACGAGAAGCCUCAGCACACGGAGGAGGAGGUGGGAGCCUUCACCAAACUCAUUGAGGCCAUGGGCUUCACCGGACCCCUCAAAUACAACAAAUGGGUGAAAAAUCAAGAUGCUGCCUUGCGUAUGUACACGUGCUGCGUAGAGAGGAUCAACUACGACGACUUCUUUGACAAAUGCUCACUCCCUGACACAAUGAACUCCUGGUUCUUGGUUGCACAGCUGCAUGUAUGGAUGUGUAUGGUGCGGAUGCGUCAGGAGGGUAGAGAGGGGAAGUACAUGUGCCGCUGGCUCGUCCACUCCAUGUGGGAAGACGUAGAGCAGAGGAGCAAAAUCAUGGGGAUCGAUGCCUCCCACAGAAAAGAAGGAAUGAAGUCGAUGACGGAGACGUUUUACGCUGCAAUAUUUGGAUAUGAUGAGGGUGCGCUGUCCGAUGACUGUGUGCUGGCUGCUGCUCUGUGGAGGAAUCUGUUCAGUCGUGAGUGUGAAGACCCCAAACAGCUGGAGCUCAUGGUGGAGUACGUACGCAAACAGAUGCAGUUCAUCGACGCUCUGGACGGGGAGGACCUGAUGCUGACGGGGGAGGUGAAGUGGCGCCCCCUGCUGGAGGAGAACGCCCAGAGCAUCCUGAAGGUGGCCACGCCCACCUACAACGACACGGGGCUGUGACUUCCUGUUUCUUCCCCUUCUUCUUCUUCUGUCCCCCCCCCAUCAUGUAACCUCUCCUUCUCCUCGGUCUCUUAAGGAUUUUACAUUUUAAAGUCUGUCGCUUCUUAUCGUCCUCUUGUAUUCUACUUUCAGUUUGUUUAUACACUCUGUCUUUAUCUCACAACCAAGGAAGCAUCAUCGUCUGCCAUCUCUCACACACACACACACACACACACACACACAGGAAAACAAGACGUAUUUAUAUUUUUCUUGUUUUUUCUCCGUAUAUUUAUAAAGUAUUUUGUAUACUUCCAUGUUUACACCCUACAGAAGCGUCACCCUGCGUUAAAAAAGCUUUCACGUUGAGUCUGUGACGUGAAACGGACAGUUCUGAGCCGACAAAUGUCUGCUAUUGGAGCUUCUUUAUUUCAAACACAGGCUGUAGUUCCCGUCAUGCUUCACUCCCAAACAGGAAGCAGAGCUCUCAAAGAAUCAUCGCUGCAUUAAAAACAACGAGACUUUGUUUUUGUUUUUAAAUAGUGAAUUAAUAAAAUGUUAUAUUGAUGUAAA